GUAGUGUGUCGGCGCCCCUUCCGGCGCGGAGAGCGUCAAUAUCGGGGCCGCUGGCCGCAGGCCGCCUACCGUGCUGCGGGAUGUAGCGGUGGGCCUGCGGCCCCCAGUCGAGCCUGUCACCCGGUGUGUCCACCGUCACAGGGAGACCUCAGCCUCCCCGGGGCCGAGACACCCAGCCUUUCCCCAGGCUGAAGCUGCGGGGUAUUGAGGGACCAGCUAGAUGUCUUCUCACAAAGGACCUGGGGGGGCCCAGGGCAGCGGGGCUCCUGCCAGCACCAGGGAAACGGACACGGUGGAGCUGGCAGAACUGGGACCUCUGCUAGAAGAGAAGGGCAAACGGGGAAUCGCCAACCCCACCAAAGCUGAGGAAGAGCAAGCAUGCCCUGCGCCCCAAGAGGAGGAGGAGGAGGUGCGGGUCCUGACCCUCCCCCUGCAGGCCCACCAUGCAAUGGAGAAGAUGGAGGAGUUUGUGUACAAGGUCUGGGAGGGCCGCUGGAGGGUCAUCCCGUACGACGUGCUCCCCGACUGGCUGAAGGACAACGACUACCUGCUGCACGGCCACAGGCCGCCCAUGCCCUCCUUCCGGGCCUGCUUCCGCAGCAUAUUCCGCAUCCACACGGAGACCGGCAACAUCUGGACCCAUCUGCUCGGUUUCGUGCUGUUUCUCUUUCUGGGGAUCUUGACCAUGCUCAGGCCAAACAUGUACUUCAUGGCCCCCCUGCAGGAGAAGGUGGUCUUCGGGAUGUUCUUCUUGGGUGCCGUGCUCUGCCUCAGCUUCUCCUGGCUCUUCCACACCGUCUACUGUCACUCAGAGAAAGUCUCCCGGACUUUUUCCAAACUGGAUUAUUCAGGGAUCGCUCUACUGAUCAUGGGGAGCUUUGUCCCCUGGCUCUAUUACUCCUUCUACUGCUCCCCACAGCCACGGCUCAUCUACCUCUCCAUCGUCUGUGUCCUGGGCAUUUCCGCCAUCAUUGUGGCCCAGUGGGACCGAUUUGCCACUCCUAAACACCGGCAGACAAGAGCAGGGGUGUUCCUGGGCCUUGGCUUGAGCGGCGUCGUGCCCACCAUGCACUUCACAAUUGCCGAGGGCUUCGUCAAGGCCACCACCGUGGGCCAGAUGGGCUGGUUCUUCCUCAUGGCCGUGAUGUACAUCACCGGAGCCGGCCUCUACGCCGCUCGGAUCCCCGAGCGCUUCUUUCCUGGGAAGUUCGACAUCUGGUUCCAGUCACAUCAGAUUUUCCACGUCCUGGUGGUGGCAGCGGCCUUCAUCCACUUCUAUGGGGUCUCCAACCUCCAGGAGUUCCGCUACGGCCUGGAGGGCGGCUGCACCGACGACUCCCUCCUCUGAGCCUCCCCCCCCCCGGGGCCAGAGAGGAACUUCCCAAGUGCUUUUAAAAAUAACUUUCUCACUGAGGUGAGGCGUCCAAGAGUUGUCUGUUUCUAGAAGAAACCUCCUAGCGAAUUCAGUGCCGGUCAGGCUUCAGCCCACCCCCUAGACCCCCUGCGGCGGGGGCCUCAACUUCCCGGGCCCCUCACUGAGGAAGGGGGUGUCUGCUGGGCCGGUCCCCUCGCACAGAGCACUGGAGCUCCUGUUGAGAGUUUGCCCUCCUCCAGCCACCUGGCGGAGAAGUAAUGGACUGGGACUCUUGGGAAAUCCUGUUUCAGGAAGACAACGUCCCCCUUACUCCGUCCUUACUUUGUAACCUGGCCCAGAACAGGCCACCUGUUUUGUAGCACACUUUUCAGAAACGAUGGUGCGCUGGUCCCGUCUUUCUGGGGCCUAGACCGCUGACAGCAAGGACAGUCACCAGCUUGGGUACAGCCCGGCUGAUCGUGGGAGUGUGUCCAGGCUUCAGAUAGGUUGCGUUUUAAUUUUUUUCUUGGCAGAGUAAUGUAAAAUUAAAAUGGAGAAAGAUAUUUAAUAUUUAAUACUAAGCUUUAAAAAGAAAUCGCUAUCAUUGCUAUGUAUCUUGAUGCAAAGACUAUGAUGAUAAUAAAAGGAAGUACAGAAGACAAUUAGCAUUCAAGAUUGAA